GAAGAAGUGGGAGGAGGGAGGGCGACAGACACCGAUUAAAAAGAGGGUGGGAGAGGAACAACUGACAGGCUCAAGAGCAAGAACAGUGGGCAGCCGGAGAAGAGGCGGCCGAGGAGGAGGAAGCCCGCGGGAACUCCAGAGAGGAGGAGUAGAAGGUAAGGGUUGUAGCCCUACAUUGUGCCCAAAUGCAGCUGGGAAACUGACCUCGGCCAGGGACCUUUCAUAUUAUAAACUGAGCUUCUGAAGUCUUGGUAUCUGUCUUCACCUGAGCUAAGAUGGGUGACUGGAGCUUCCUAGGAGAGUUCCUGGAGGAAGUACACAAGCAUUCCACAGUGAUCGGCAAGGUAUGGCUCACUGUCCUCUUCAUAUUCCGCAUGCUGGUGCUGGGCACUGCUGCCGAGUCUUCCUGGGGGGAUGAGCAGGCUGAUUUCCAGUGUGAUACGAUUCAGCCGGGCUGCGAGAAUGUCUGCUAUGACCAAGCCUUCCCCAUCUCCCACAUUCGCUAUUGGGUGCUGCAGAUCAUCUUCGUCUCCACGCCGUCCCUAGUGUACAUGGGCCACGCCAUGCACACGGUACGCAUGCAGGAGAAGCGGAGGCUACGGGAGGCCGAGAGGGCCAAAGAGGCCCGGGGUGCUGGCACUUAUGAGUACCCAGUGGCUGAAAAGACAGAGAUAUCCUGCUGGGAAGAAGUGAAUGGAAAGAUUGUCCUCCAGGGCACCCUGCUCAAUACCUAUGUGUGCAGUAUCCUGAUCCGCACCACCAUGGAGGUGGCCUUCAUUGUGGGGCAGUACCUCCUCUACGGGAUCUUCCUGGACACUCUGCAUGUCUGCCGCAGGAGUCCCUGUCCCCACCCGGUCAACUGUUACGUAUCUCGGCCCACAGAGAAGAAUGUCUUCAUUGUGUUCAUGCUGGCUGUGGCAGGACUGUCCCUCUUCCUCAGCUUAGCCGAACUCUACCACCUGGGCUGGAAGAAAAUCAGGCAGCGAUUUGUCAAGUCAGGGCAGGGCCUGGCUGAGUGCCAGCUUCCUGGCCCCUCUGCUCACAUAGUCCAGAGCUGCACACCACCCCCUGACUUCAGUCAGUGCCUGGAGAACGUGCCUGGGGGGAAAUUCUUCAGUCCUUUCAAUAACAAAAUGGCCUCCCAGCAGAACACAGACAACUUGGCCACUGAGCAAGUGCGAGGCCAGGAGCAGAUUCCUGGGGAGGGUUUCAUUCACAUUCGUUAUGCCCAGAAGCCUGAGGUACCCAACGGAGUCUCCUCAGGUCACCGCCUUCCCCAUGGCUACCAGAGUGACAAGCGUCGUCUCAGUAAGGCCAGCAGCAAGGCCAGGUCAGAUGACCUAUCAGUGUGACCCUUGUGCGUGGGGGAACCAGGACCAGGUGGAAAGAGUGGCGACUCAGAGAGGGGAGAUGUGUCCCUUCUGACCCCGUAGCUCUCAUUCGCAUCACUUCUCUGUUCCUUUUGAGCCCCUGGUCUCAAUGGCAUUGUUCAUUAAUUCCAGAAGGUAUGACCAGGGCUCUGCAGGGGCAGUCAGAGACACGGCUACCCACCCAGGCUGUUAUCCCACCCACAGCCCCUUCCCAGUAUACUCAGUGAAGCUUUUCACAUUACUCAGUCAACAGGGUAGAGGAAAGGAAUGGAACCAUGGCAAAUCCUGCCUAGAGGAUAGCCAAGGGGAUAGGCUGGUUCUCUACAUGUUGGCCAUGUUCCAGAUGGGUUCUCUAGGUCCCUAUGGAUUCCUUGGUUUCAUUACCCUUCAUUCUGCAAGGAAGAGCUCAAGUUCCCAGCCAAUAAAGAGCAUAAAUCAAGGAACUUGCAUUAGAUGUACACCUGAAUCUGUGGUCUCCAUGGGUACAAACCUUGGAACGGAAGUGAAGUCACCUUGGGCUGCCUGUGGCUGCCCCUCCCUCUACUCAGUCUUACUUAAAAAGAGACCUUUGGAACUUGACCAGCAGUCUCAACUUUAUAAGUGCCUUGGUAUGUACCCCUGGCAAGUGUACUACCCUACUGAUACUGCGGCCUUUCCUUCUGCCAGCUUAUACAACCAGUUUAUGGGGGUGCAAGGUCCCCUAGGGAAUCACACAGACUCUACUGGAAUUCCUGCCACAAACCACCUGUCAUCCUGCAGUUCUUUUACAGUUCAGCCCGAUGAUAGAAGCCGUCCUUUCUCUUCCCCAUCUGACUGCUCACCCAGGGCUCCCCUAAUGACCUUGUCUGCCCAGAAUGUCCAGGAUCCAUGUCCUCUGGGAUCCUGACCAGAUUACUAGCAUGGAGGCCAGAUGAACUUCCCCAGGUUCUUAUCAAAACAAAGAGAGCUUUGUGCUUCUCAAAUUCCCCUUGGGAAAAAAUAAUUCUGCUGUGAAGAUGAAAAUGAAAAAGGAGAGAAAAUACUGGAAAACUUAUCAUCCCUCCUAUUUAUUUCCCUUGCUGACUGCCAAUUUAGAGUGCCAAGAGGUGGUGUAAUGACAGUUAUGGAGGCCCCAGAUCUCUCUCUCCCUGGAGGGUUUAGGUGGGGGCAUGGAAGCAGUAGGGAAUCUUCACCUCUCUUGGUAGGGCCCUUGUUUAAGAGCAGAGAUUCCUAUGUGUCCCUGGUGAUCGUGAUGAGACUGCUAUAUAGCAGUGGGGACUGCAGAGAAGCCCUGCCUUCCCCAGGGACUGGCCUGGUUUAUCUAUCAGUCCAUCUAUAAUAACUGAUUGCCAGUUUGGAUGAAAGUAAAGGACAUUCAGAAUUGGAUACUGAAUCUUAAAGGGAGAUCAUUUCUUUUAAAAUUGUGCGUGUAUGUGCGUUUGAGCAAGUAUGCUGAUAGGGUAGGGCUGGGGGUGGAGUCCUGAAGUAAGGGGAGGAAACCUUGGAGAAACUUGUGUCUUCCUGACCUCCCUGCAGAUGCCUGGCAGAGGGGCUGAGCCUCGUUGUUUUCAGUGUCAUCAGCCUGCACAGGCAGGCAGGAGAAGCUGGGAAAGAGGAGGGUGAAGACUCAGAAGAAGGCUUCCCCCCACCUGCUCAUGUCCAGGCUCCUCUGCUGAUAUUUGGAUGGUAUUGGUGGGUGGAGAGAAGGAACAGAUAGAGAGGUAGAGGGAACUGACUGGGCUGCCACUUAGGGAAGAAUGACUGGCCAUCCCAGGUCCCUGGCAGGGACCCCUUUUUAUCUAUUAUCUGGCACUGGCAUUAAGACUGUUUCUCUAAAACAAAACAAAAAGACAUUCCUUACAGCUCGGAAAUGUAUUUUGGGAAAUUAGUGUUCUUCGAUUAGAAAUUUUAUGAAAUCAGCCUUUGACGAUGGGACUUUGAGGAAGCAAAAAGGAAAUAAUAUGUGUAAUUUGUCCUAAUAAAAUAUGGCC